UUUAACCCUCGACGGAUUUGGUUGUUCCCCGGAAUUGAAUUCGAAAUAAAAAUUUCGCACACAUCGCGUAUACAUUAUAUUUUUGUUCUUCGUCUUCCGUGUGUGUGGUGUGCGUUUUUGUUAUUGCCGUCGUCUUUUUCGGGUGUAUAUUUAACAAACGUUACAAUUACAUAUUUUUUUUCACGUGUCCUACUGUUAUACUGCCAGUGUAUGUACUUACGGUACUUGGUGCUUGGUACUCAAAUAACAAAGUCAAACAAAUAAAAGCAAGUAAAGAGGACACCGAAAAAGAGAAACAAAAACAAAAAUAAAUAAAAGAGUCGCUUUGUUGUUGUCGCGCAGCAUGUGGAGCUACAGUUAACUGUAACAGUUAAAGGGGAGCACAAGGAGGAGGAGUGGGCGAAAGAGAAGGAGGAGGGGAAGAAGCAAAAGACAGGAUUUACUGCUCCGCUUGACUAAAUGCAGUCGACGCUGCGAUUAUUAUGUGCCAGCCCCAACAACAACAACCACACUUGAUACGAAAAUAAACAAACAAAAUCAAUCAAUUAAUCAAUCUGCUGAGCACACCGCUCUCCACGCCCACACUCCCACACUAACAAACACACGCGCAAAAACACACAACAAAACACACACGAGUCAACGCCCACGCCCAUUGAAAAAGGAGAAAAGGAGGGAGUGGCAGGACAACAACAAGAAAGGAGGAGAAAGGAGCAGAGGCAGAGAGCACAAGAACAGCCAGGCAAAAGGCAAAAAGAGGACGUUAAAGAAGACAACAUGUUCCACUCACUUGUUUUGAUGGCCUGCGCCCUUGCCGCCCUCUCCUUCGCCCAGGAGGCGGGGCCCCCGCGAUCCAAAUCGCUAUCGGCAUCGGUAUCGAGUCCUGGAGCGGAUCCAACCUCCCCCGCCCCCGCCCUCACGGCCGCUCCCCUUGCCAGCAGCAAACAGCUGAACAGAUGCCGUCAAAGCUGCUAUCAGCAGCUUUCCAAGGACUGGCAUUAUUGUAAGGAUUCCGUUGAUUGCACAAACUGCUGCCAAAAGCUGGUGGCACCUUUUGAACUGAGGAUCCUGAAGGCCCAGCGCCAGGAAUCGCUCGUCCUAACAGACAUCGGCUGGGACGAGAUGAUAGCCAACGCCUCGCGCCAAUGCCUCAUCACCUGGGAGGUCUCCGGCGGCGGCCUGAUCGGCAAUCUGCUAACGGACACCGCCCGGGCGGAACUAUCCCUGUGGCCAGACACCGUCUACAACAUCCAGGUCAAGUGCAAGCACAAGCUCACGGGCCUGAUGAGACGUUCGAUUAAACUGAACGUGGACACCACUCAGUUGGUGGGCACAACCACCACGACCACGACUAGAGCUCCGAGCACUCUGAGGAGCCAGGAGCAGACAUCGCCAUCCGAGGACCAUCCAGAUCCCUUGAUGCACUCGCAACGCGUUCACAUCCGACCCACAGAUCGAGUGUAUAUAAUCAGUGCCCUGCCCACUCCCAGCGAACUGGGCGGAGUGGUGUAUCCAGCCUUCGGGGCGCUGGCCUUCUUCCUGGCCCUGCUGGUCAUGUUUCUCUUCCUGCGCCCGCAGCGGAAGCGCUUCCCCCUGGAUGCGGACAGUGCGGACACGGCCACGUUGAUAGGUCGGAACUCAUGCUCCAGGAACUCACUGGACGCCUCCACGUUGCAUGUCUAAGGAGGCGAAACUUGUAGUCGUAUAUA